AUGAUCACUAUAUGGAUAUAUGAUCCAGAAAAUGCAGCCCCAGAUGAAUUGCAAUGGAUUGCAGAUAAACCUUCAGUGUAUUCCGUUCUAUUGAGCAAGCUGUUGGCCUCUUUGGGACAAAAGCCUGUCAUUCAUACAAUUCUGAGAAGAAAAGUUUAUUUCCCAAAUGAGAAAAUGGAUAAUGGGACCUGGCAUAUCACCAUACCAAUGACAGACAAUGAUAUACUAAUGGAGAUUAAGGGAAAACCAGUGGCUUUACAAGAUUGCUUUACUGCAGACUCUCGGCUUCAGCUUACCUAUCCUUUGUGGACAAUGGCAGAGGUUUCUGGUUAUUUACCAAUCUCUUCACCGCGUGGUAGUCAGUUAAUGGCAGACUGGGAUGCUUGUUUUCCUUCUGUAGCUGUUGUGGUAGCUGAUAUGGAGACCUUUCAAACAAAUGAUUCAUUCCAAUCUUGGACCAGAGUCAGAGUGCCUCCAAAUAUGCUGUCUGAUGAGGACAGACACAAAGUGUCUGAUGUGAGCUUCUCACGGGAUGGAAUAUUUCUUCUAAUAAUUGAUAGGCUUUUUAUAAGACGUUAUUAUAUAUUUUUAAGACUAGGAAAACUUUUUGAUCUUCCCGAUGAUGGAAUUAUUGGCAUCACAUCAAGAAAAUGGUGUUGGACCAAUUAUUUACUCAAGGAGAAAGAAAAAAGAAGCAACGUGGCCAUCUGGACAAAACAUGAAGUUUAUCUUGAAUAUAGUUUUCUUACAUUUGCCAAAGUGAUGACUACUGAUAAACUAAAAGGCCAUCUACAUUUACCACCAUCGUCUACUGUGGUUAUACACAAUGUUGAGUAUACAGGACACCCUUUGGAACUUGCUUUGUUAUUAGAGUACUGUACUACAUGUACAAACCUCAAACAAAUGUUUCUAGUGAUAUAUAAUGAAGAUACAACACACGUGAUAUGCAAAGACUUUACAUUAGAUAUCAGUGUUAAUAGUUUUUUAAUUCCAUAUUUUAUCUAUUCAGCAAUUCCGGAAUUGGUACUAUGGGACAAGCAUAAGAUCUACUAUAGUUAUAACAAUCUCACAGAUACUGGAGUUGUACAAACACCUACAGAAUUUGGAAACCUAUCAAAAUUAUCACAUGACAGCACUAUUCAUGAUGUUGUUAUAGAUUAUGAUGGAAAUGUUGUGGUAAAAAUGGAAAAUAAUAUAAUGUUUUAUUUCAAGGUUAAAAUGAGAGAUGCAGUAAAGCUACAUCUAUGGACAAAUAGCAUGACAAAAUCAAUAGUUUCCUUGGAUACGUCUGGUCAAGUAUAUCUCAUAUAUGUAUUUCAAAAUGGAACAAUACAGCCACAGAAAUAUCCCUUAAAGAUGGAAGUUCAAAGUGUAGCUUUCAAAACGAAAGAAAAAUGUCCCUUUGUGGCAUUUGAAAGUAGUAUUUCUCAUCCUUUCCACUUUUUUGACAAGGGAGACAAACUGUCAGUUUGGGCUGAAAUAGUAUAUCCAGAAAAUAUUGGUCUUUCUAUUAUCGUGGAGUCAUAUGGCCCGAAAAUAUUAGAUAUGACAGAUCAGAUUUCUUAUGACAUUGGUUUUGGACACUGCACUAAAACUUUGGAUGGCCAUUUUGGUGAUGCUAAAUCUUUUGAUCUGUGA